AGUGGAAAGCCGAUCUCCGAACAGUGGAAAACCGCGCAACGAGAGCGAGAGUGAACGCGACUCACAAGCAGUGAAAAUUAUAAAGCCAAACAGAUCUCAGUGCCCGCUAAAAAUAAAUAUUCUAUAUUUUGCGUAGAUUUUUCCGUCGGUUUUGGUGCUUCAGAAUGUUCCGCAAAUGAUGUCAACAACGCCGGGCGGAGUAAAUUUCGACGAAUUAUCAUCCUGAUGUUAAUAAGUUGUACAGAAAACAACGGAGCCCCACCAAGAUACGACUCAUGAGUGCAAUUUAGACAUCACAACCAGUGGUAGUGAAGCCAGAGAAAAAAAAACCUUAACGGAGACACCCAUUGGCGGUGGUUUCAUAACGAAGUGCGGUAGUGAGCAACGAGAAGAAAAAAAGUGCAAACUAGUGACCUCAAGUCCUGGAAAGGUGGUGAAACCAUUAGAAAUAAGUGUCUGACGAAGGAGAAGAUGUCUUACGGCGCCGGAUAUGGCACAACUGGCCGGACAGCCAGUACCAGUUCGAUCUACGACUAUCCGGAACACCUGAAUCCGUUCUACGAAGACGAGAACCACAAACGGUUGCGAUUCUGGCACUUUGGCAAUCACCGUUCCGAUAAGCCCAGAUCAGAACGUCGAGGCAGUUUGGUCAGCAUACGAGAUGGCCUUAGAGAUAUGUGGGAAUUCAAAACCUUUCGUCUGAAAAAGAAACGCUCGUCUUCGCUUGGCAUCAACAAGACAUCGGAAAGUCCACCGCCCCUUCGGCGAGACGAUCCCGACGUGCACUACCACACCAUCGGCAGCAACUCGUCGGCCUAUCGGAACACAAUCAACACCGUCGGAUACGGCUCCGGUCAAUCGCAGUCCACCUCCAACACACCGCUUUUCCUACGAAACUCGCGUUAUCGCAGCUCGCUUCAAACGCAAUCAAAGGAGAAUGAAAUUGGCCUCCAUAGAAACGACCGCUAUCGAAGCACAAUUCAGAACGGCUUCGCGACUUACAGUGGCAACAGCAUGGUCACGUCAACACCAAGAUCGCGAUACGGCACCGGCACAACCGGACGUGGAAUGACCGCAGGAGUGUCCCAAUCUAGUCUCAAAAGCACAAAUCCAUUCGACGAUGAGGAAAUGGAUGACAGCAUUUCACUGAAUGAUAGUUUCAACGGCGCCAACGGAACUAUAAGAUCGAGCAUGGCCAGACGCAAGAAACGUCGAGCUCCACCUCCGCCGGUUCGCAACUUGGCUAACAUCCCUGUCGAUCCUUCCGAUACUGCACUUGCGACACGGUUGAAAAUUGAAGAAACGCCUCCACCAGAGAAUCCAGAAGAUGUGAAAAAUCUUUCAAACCUCACAGCAGAAAUCGAAUCGUUCGUGCGCACCAACUCUGACGAUAGGGUCAACCAUAUGAGAACAGAACAGGUCCUUCGGGUCGAAGAACCAACAACACCUAGUGAUAGCAAUAAUAACCACGUGGAAGAAAUUGUGGUCGUUGAAAGGAAACAUGAAGUUGUAGAAAGCGUCAACUCUACACCCGCAGCUGUGCAAGAACGCCUUCAGCUAAACGUAGACGACAAGAAACCCCCUCCUGAAAAAGAAAACAGGGGUAACGUUGACAUCCCAGAACCCGUAGAGCAGAUGUCCCGAUUGGAAGAACUUAAAAUAGACGAAGAACCGAUACCAGCCACUCCUCCUCCUCAACCUUCACCUCGGGCUAAACCGACACCUCAGCCAAUCCCACAAACACCACCUACCGUCGAACCGGUAGACCUUGAAGACGUUGCCCUUCCUGAGACUCCUAUUCCCGCUAGACGUCUGAACAAGAAUCGCAAUCAGGUCCCAACAAACGGAACCGAACUUCGAAUAACCGAAUCGUCAGAUUCAGCCACCACAAGCACGACUGAAGAAGAGGAAAACAUGGAAUUCAAAGCAGCCAAGCCAAUCAACUACGAGUUCAAGUACAAGGUUGAACCAAUUAAAACAGAGAUCGAUGAGAAGAUUAACACUGCUCGCCUGAAAAUAAGCGAGUCAACCGGUGACAUCGAAUCACUGCAAAAUUCCGGUACAGAGCGGCGCCGUUCCGUACGGGAUAUCAUCGAAUCAAUCAACAAAAGUCAAAGUCUACUCAAGGUCAACCACGAAUCAUCAGGAACAAUGUAUUCUGCUCAAUCGAAUGAUAGCGUCAAUCGCAACCUGAGAGAACUGAACGACCGAGAAAAUGAAAUUCAACGAAUGCUCCACGAGAUGGAAUCCAACUAUGGAAGCAACGCCCAAUCCCAACCUCGCAAGUGGUCCCUCACGCCGCCAACGAAGAAGCGCAGCUCGUACUAUGAUAAUGUACCGGAGGGUGACGAAAAUCUUGAUAACCUGGACGAUCGUAACAAUCUGCUCAGCAAAUCGGCGCUGCGAUCCAAGAAGAGUCCAACCAAGUCUCUUGGAAUGGAGCAGACCGAUGAUGUGCAAUUUCAGGACUGUAUAGACUGGAACCCAUUGCCCAAGCCAAGGCGCAGUCGGCAUUUCCCCGACACUCCAGUCAAUCAGUCAACGUCAGCCUCGGGAGGUGUUUUGACGGUAAUCGAUCAAAAUAAUAACGGCAACGAGAAGCAGAGUUGAAUGAGCAGCACAGCAUGUUCGCUUUCCACAUGCAAUCUAUAAGUUACGUAGGAAUUAUUUAUUCAAUCAACUAAUAUUGACGCAUGGUAUCAUCGUUGAACAUCAUCAGGUCCAAGAAUAGUUGCUUGUCUUUUAGAAUGAAAGAUGGUGUAAAUUAUUGAUCAUUUACAAAGUUGUUUCAAAUAAAAAAUAGACUCAAAUAUCCUUC